CACUACUCUGGCCUCUCAGAGAAGAGAAGAAACAGAAUGGCUUUCCAAAAAGAGUACCUUGACUUGUUGUUGGUCCCAAGUGGACUGUCCAUCUUGUUCAUUUACCAUCUCUAUCUGCUCUAUAGAUACCUCACCAUUCCUCAUACCACUAUCAUGGGCUUUGAAAACAAUGAUAAAAGAGCUUGGGUCGAAAGAAUUAUGCAGGCUACAGAUAGCAAGAGUAUAGAUACAGCUCUAAAUGUUUUAGGAUCCAACAACACUGGAGCAACAUUCUUGGCAUCAGUUUCAUUAACAUUGAGCUCUCUCAUUGGAGCCUGGAUGUCUAAUAACAGUAUUUUCAGUAGUCAACUAAUCUAUGGUGACACAAGGCCAGAAACAAUGUCAAUCAAGUUCAUAAGCCUGUUAAUCUUCUUCUUAGUGGCUUUUGCAUUCUUUUUGCAAUCAUCCAGAUGCUUCAUUCAUGCAAAUUACUUAAUAACCACACCAGAUACUGAUAUACCAAUUAGUUAUGUUGAAUUGGCAGUGAUAAGAGGAGGUGAGUUUUGGUCACUUGGGCUUAGAGCACUUUAUUUUGCAACCACUUUGCUCCUAUGGUUUUUUGGUCCAAUUCCUAUGUUUGUAACCUCAAUAGGCAUGGUUUUCCUCCUCCAUUACCUUGACAAAAACACGAAGCAAUUGCAUGAUCAUCGAUUGUCUGGAGAAAGAAAGGAGUUUUACAAGAGAGUUGAGGGAAGUACAAGCAGGACAACUCUGCUUUAGGCCAAAUUUCACCCUGGCUAGUACACAAUCUUGAUGUAAUAUUAAUAAUUCUAAAUGAACUUUGGAACAUAAGGAACUUAUUUGAUAAAUUUGUACAAAAAUAGAAAAUGCCAACAACUACUUUUGGUGUUUCCUUGUAAUUCAAUUGGUAAAUAAUUUUA